CCCCAAGCCAAGGGCAAAGCUGACAAGGCGUGCGGUGUGUAUCACUAAAAAGAGCGUGGGAUCCCCGUUUUGCUGAGAAGCCAGCACAUACCUACAUACUCCACCCUUUUGCAUCGAAUUAUAUCCAAACGGCGCAUUACGACCUCAUCUUUCGGCCUACCUACCCAACGAGGAGUGAAGACAAGCACUGUUGUUGUUGUUGCCUGACGCCCCACUUGCGCCAACGAUUCGACACGGACAAGCUGCACAGCAUCGCACAGCGACCAAACAGACGACGUUUAACGAAUAACCAACAAGCGCAAAAAUGGGCUGGUUCGACGGCGCCUCAGAGGUAGCAUCCUCCUACAUCCUCGACGGCUACGGCUACGGCGGCCGCGCAGCGAGUCCGAGCCGCAGUAGUCGCCAUGGAGGGCACAAGAAACAUAAGUCGCAUAAGUCGAAGACGGAGACGGGGAGUGCGUUUGGGGAUUGGGCGGCGGGGGUGAGUGGUGGGGGGGUGCCGAGGGGGGGAAAUAGGAGUACAACGAGUUUUUUUAGUGUUGGAUCCGGCGCACGCUCAGCAACAUCCUCCUACCGCCGCUCCCCCCGCCGCGGCCUCCUUUCCAGGACUUACUCCCGGCUCCGCCACCUCCUCCGCAAACUCCUCCAUUUCCUCAAAACCCACCCCCUAAAAGUAUUCAUGCUCGUCAUUAUGCCCCUCAUCACCGGUGGCGCUUUGACGGGGCUGCUCGCGAGGUUUGGGAUUAGACUUCCUGCGGGGUUGGGGAAGUUGGCGAAGAUGGCGGGGGUGGGUGGUGGUGGGGGAGGGGUGAAGGGGGGGAGAGGGGGGUUGGAGGCGUUGGGAGGGGUGGGGGGGAUGAUGGAUGGGUUGGGGGGGGUGAUGAGUGUGGCGAAGUUGUUUAUUUGA